AUGCUGCAACCAAACCGUUUAUACACGAACAUUGAAAGGGUUCAAACUUUUGGAUUUCACGUAGAUUAUAUUUAUAUUAUAUUUUGGAAUACUGAUGGAAACGAAAACGAUGCUCGGACCUACGAUGGGAAUGACUACGACGAUGACGGGAAUGACUACGAUGACGACGGGAAUGACUACGAUGACGACGGGAAUGACUACGAUGACGACGGGAAUGACUACGAAGAUGACGGGAAUGACUACGAUGACGACGGGAAUGACUACGAUGACGAUGGGAAUGACUACGACGAUGACGGGAAUGACUACGACGAAGACGGGAAUGAGUACGAUGACGACGGGAAUGACUACGACGAUGACGGGAAUGACUACGACGAUGACGGGAAUGACUACGAUGACGACGGGAAUGACUACGACGAUGACGGGAAUGACUACGAUGACGACGGGAAUGACUACGACGAUGACGGGAAUGACUACGACGAUGACGGGAAUGACUACGAUGACGAUGGGAAUGACUACGAUGACGACGGGAAUGACUACGACGAUGACGGGAAUGACUACGAUGACGACGGGAAUGACUACGACGAUGACGGGAAUGACUACGAUGACGACGGGAAUGACUACGAUGACGAUGGGAAUGACUACGAUGACGACGGGAAUGACUACGACGACGACGACAACGACUACGACGAUGAGAACGAGUGUAAGAUGUCUACAAACACAAUAGAUAUAUAA